AUGAGAACAGUUAUUAAUUCAAACAAUUCAUUGGUUUGCCCUUCACCAGACUUUUGUAAUAGAGAGUUUUCUUUCAUUACAGAGAAGACAUUGGAAAAUCAGAACACUUUUCAAUUCUACUUUUCUGGCUGUGGUUGGAAAGCAAAGUCCAUUUCCUGGAAAUCAAGUGAUAUCCUCUGGAUCAAACUUUUGGACAAACUUCUGUCCAUGAUGUUUGGGGAGGAUUUCUUCGAGUAUGUAUUUGAUGAGAAAAGAACAUGCCAUGUGCAUGAUGAUUUCAAGCCACACACUGUUUACAACAGACAUGAAUGGAAUUGUGAAUAUGAAAAUAUUUGCAAUUCCUUUGGCUUUACCAGCAAAAUGCAUGGUGCAAGCCACAGAGGUGAUGCCGUACCUGUAGAUGAACAUCUCCAUCAGACACCAUCCAAUGUUACUGGCAAAGAAAAUACUUUGACUGAUCAAGACAGGGUAAUAGCUGUGUUUCCACCACCACCAGCAGUAGCAAAAAUCCAGAUCUUACAGAUGGACCUUGCCACAUUGAAGGAUGGGAUGGAAGUGAACGAUUCCAUUGUUGACUUUUUUCUAAUUCCUGAUGAAAGAUAUGUCAAGGCAUCUCAGUUUACAAGGAGAGUGGACAUUUUCAAAAAAAAUUUAUUUUCAAUCCAGUAUGCAGAAGUGGGCAUUGGUUCCUGUCUCUGAUAUAUAAUCUACCAACACUCACAAGCAGAAGAAGAAAGGAUGAUGGUUGUACUGUAGUUCCAAUUCUCAUGAUUGACUCCAUUGUUUAUGGCCCAGAUAGAAAGAACUCUACUUGCUCUUCCUCCACACAAGAACAAGAAGCAAACAUUAUCAGAAGUUUCCAGUAAGCGAGCUUCUGUCAGACAAAAUCCUGCAGUGAUACGACCAAGCUUCUGCAUUUCAUCUGAGAGAAAGAGUCAAAGGCAUCCUUUUAGCUAUAGGCUAGAAUUUUAGAUAUUACAAUUAUUAGUAUCGUCAUCUUAUGUUCAGUUGCCUUGACGCAUAAAAAGAAUGAUUAGUUGAAAUGUAACAUUUUUCAUUCAUACAAAAACGGUGGUGAACGCAUUGAACAAAAGGAUUUAUUUGUCAUAUAGAGGUUCCCAUGCGAAAAAUGAGCUGGUCACGGUAAAGGUGAUAAAUCCCUUUGUAGCAUAACCCUGACCCUAGUCUGACAAAAAGUUUUGUCCAUCUUAAUAUUACACCCUGAAGUUUCGCUUAACAAUGAGGCUGGACUUUCAAAUUAUAUUUCUCAUUCUACAUACCCUGAUUAUCGAAAUGUCGUGGGUUUUAUUUUGAAAGCAGAUGCUGUUGGGGCAUAAUAGUCUGCCCAGGUAGCGCAAU